AAAAAUGGAUCCUCCAAAUCUCCUCUUGCUUCUUCUCCUGUUUGCUUCCACCAUAAACGCCCAAUUUCCAGCGACCUACUGUGGUUCGACCGGCAACUUCACCGCCAACAGCACCUACGAAACCACCCUCACCACCCUCCUCUCCUCCAUCUCCACCACCAACUCCUUGUCCCUCUCCUACGGCUUCUUCAAUGCCUCCACCGCUGUCUCCGGCGCCUCCGAAACCCUCUUCCUCUUUGGCCUCUGCCGCGGUGACUUUACCGCCGUGGGCUGCCGUGCCUGCCUCAAUGACUUGGCCUCCGACAUCCGCCGCCUCUGCCCUUUCCAGAAGGAGGCACUCCUCUACUCCGGGAACUGCAUCAUCCGCUACUCGGAUGCCUCGUUCUUCGGUGCAGCCACGACAGAACCCACCUACGUGGCGAGAACCUCUAAUAAUGUCUCGAGCCCAGACAUGUACGAUGCAGCAAUGAGGAAGCUCCUGAACGGUCUGCGGGCCGAUGCGGCGGGUGGUGGCUCGCUGAGAAAGUACGCAUCAGGGAACGAAUCAGCGGGGCCUGACAUGAUCUACGCGUUGGUGCAGUGCACGCCGGACUUGACGGAGCAGCAAUGCAACGACUGCCUGGUGAUAGGAGUCCAAACGAUCAGAGAUUGCUGUGUCAUGUACACAGGAGGACGGUUCAUGGUGCCAAGUUGCCUGAUCCUGUACGAGACCAAUCAUCGGUUCUUUGACCCGGUCAGUGAACCACUUCCACAGCCACCAACGUCACCGCCAUCGCAGGAGGGAUAUGUGCUGCCUCCACCACCAGUUGGAAAGAGCAAUCCGAUGAGGACUAUGAUCAUUGCGGCUUGCGCAAGUGUUUCUGCACUACUUGUCAUCGGCGUUGUCGUCAUGCUCCUGAAAAUGAAAAGGAAGAUGAAGCAGUCCAGACGAAGUGUUGAAGGCGAGUCUUUAUCCUUUUGCAUUGGAAUAGCAACUAUUCAUGAGGUUAAAAAAGAUCAUGAAAAUAAUUAAGUUGACUAAUUACUAUGAUUUUUCACCAGCAAAGUAGUAAGAGCUGAAUCGCUUUGAACAAAUAGGCCAAAAACUUUAUAAGGGUAAAGGGUUUAGGGUUUAUUAGUAACGCCUACAGGUGCAAUUAUAUAUACUAAAAGUUUGUGAAACUUUCAUUAUGCAAACUAUAAGGUA